AUGAUGACUCCUAUUACCUUAAUUCUAACAGCUUGUUUAGUUUCAUUGCGCCUUAGCGGUGCGUUGUUUUCAGGACCUUUGUACCCGGAGAUGUCCAACGGCACUUUCCAUCACUACUUCGUGCCGGACGGUGACUAUGAGGAAAACGACGAUCCGGAAAAAUGUCAAAUGCUGUUCAAAAUGACUGACGAAAGAAAAUGUACCCUGGAUGAGGACCAGGACUCGGUCAUUAGGGAUGAUUUCACGAUCAUAAAGCGUCACAUUGAAGACGCAGCCAGGGUGCUGGAGGGAAUUGGGAAAAGCAUCUCUUAUGACCUGGACGGAGAAGACAGCUAUGGGAAAUAUCUGAGACGGGAAACCACUCAGAUCAGCGAGGCUUUUAGCAACUCAGAGAAGUCCUUACUGGAGCUGGAGGUGAAGUUCAAACAAAGUCAAGAAAACGAGUUGAAAGAGGAGCACCGGAUAAAUGACGACUUUCUCAACAUGAUUGUCCACACGAGGGACGUAUUAAAAGAGACACUGGACAUCUCCUUAGGGCUGAAAGACAAACACGAAUUGUUGUCACUUAUCAUCCGCAGUCAUGGGACCCGGUUAAGCCGCCUGAAAAACGAGUACAUGAAGGUCUAAUCACAGUACCGAGAGUGUCUUCGUCAUCAG